AGAAAAGAAAUUGGAGGAAGAACGAGAAAAUCGAAGAAAAGAAAAAGAAGAGAAACGUAAAGAAAAAGAAGAAAGAGAAAAAGCUGAAAAAGAGCAGAAGAUGAUGGAAAAAAAAAUGAAAGAACAAAAAAAACAAAUGGAAAUUGAACAAAAGCAGAAGGAAAAACAAGCAAAAGAGGAAGAACGUAGAAAGAGAGAAGAAGCUAAGGAAGAGGAAAAAAGAAAAAAAGAAGAAGAAAAGUUAGAAGCAGAACGUAAGAAACAAAAAGCAGCUACAACUUUUGCCAGUUUUUUCGUCGCUAAGAAACAAGAGAAAUGCAUUGAAGAUGAAAAUACAACCGAAAUAAAAAAUUUCAUGCCUUUUGAAAUUAAGGCGGACAUGAAAAUAGCUCCAGUUUGUAGGAGAAUCCUAGAAGAACAGGAGAAAUUAUUAUUAGAUGAAAAAACAAAUAAAGGAAAUACGGAAAUAUCAGAUUUAUAUCUUAAUGAAAUUAAAGAUAAAAAAAUUGUUCCCCGUAAAUCAUUUAAAACUUGGCCACUUGAAACAAAAGAUGAUAUAAUUUUAUUAGACGAAGAAAACGAAGGUAGUUCGAACAUCGUAAAUCAAAAUAUCGUUGUAGAGAAACAACGACCUAAAUUAUUACAAUUUUCUGAAAAUUUGCGUCCACCUUAUUGGGGUACAUGGAGGAAACGCAGCAAAAAUAUUAAUCCUCGAAGACCGUUUUCAAAAGAUAUGGAAUACUUCAAUUACGAAAUUGAUUCGGACGAGGAAUGGGAGGAAGAGGAACCAGGUGAAUCGUUGCACGGUUCGGACGAUGAAAAAGACGAAGAGAAUCCGGAGGACAACGAAUAUGAUGUGGAUAACGAUUUCAUGGUACCUCACGGGUACUUAUCCGAUGAAGAGCUUCGCGCAGACGAAGAAGAUAAGGAAGACAUGUCCCCUGAAACGCAAAAAGUUAGAUUGAAACUACUUGGAGAGGAAUUCGAGUCGGAAAGGAAUACGAAGACUUCGAAAUUGAAGCCAAAAAUAAUUGGUAUAAUUUGGAGAGGGCCCGACAACAAUUUUCCACCAAACGUACCAGCAAAGAUUGUAGACUUCUUGACAGCACGUGAGGCUUGGGUCCGUCAAAUACCGUGUUCAGCUUUGCUGUCAACGCCAACCACGUCUGAGAACGAGACGGCUAACGAGCGCACUUCGCCUUCGCCUACGCAGCAACAAGCGCCAUCCAGUUCGAAGAAAACACGAGUUCCGGAAGCGGCUAUUCCGGACCUGAUUCGACUUGUACACGGGAACGUACAUGGCAGAGGAUUCCUCGUAAAAGAGUUCAUGACCUAUUGGGGCAAGAGGGACGAUUCAAAUGAUAAUUACAUCUCGAAGGCAAGUUUAUUGCAAAAAAUUCGUGACAUUGGAAAAUGGAUGCCAUGCCCAGAGGAGGGGCCGAUGCAUUCGAAGGCUUGUUGGUACGUUCACGAGGAGAUCAGGAAGAAAUACGUUAACGAGGAGCUAUCAUUGCCAAAUCAAUGGUCGUACAGUCUGAUUCCGAAGAAGAAGAGAAACGAUAACUCUCAAUUGGUUGAGAAAGUAGAGAAAGAGGAUAAGGACAAAGAGAGGAAGAACGUACCUUUGAUUACUCAGUUCACUAAAAAAAUCACCCAGGAGGAGAUGAAGAAACAAUUAACCGUUAAACCUAAUUAUACUAUUACCAGUUGUUCACAAACUACUUUGCAAAGUAAACCUACGAGUAAGCCUCCUAAAAGGGCGAGAUUAAUUUCUGUCAAAAGAGGGGAAGAAUUGCCUAAAAUGUCGAGGGAGAAUUUGCUGAAAGAUUUCGUCAAUAUGAAAGGUGACGAUAAAAGUACGACCGAGAACAAUGAUUCGGAUGAUGUGAUUGUAUUGUGCGCCAAGAACAAUGAGAAUAAUGAUUAUCAAAAGGGGAAAGGAGACGUGUCGGAUGAUAAGAAGGAGAGCGAGGAUAGACUUGUUGCUGGUCAUACAGAGUCUGAAGAGAAGAGAAACGAUGAAGAAGAAUCGUCAAAUGAUGAUGACGAUAAAAGUAUUAUAACGUUGAAAUCUGAGAAUUCGGCAGAGAAUGAUGUAUCAAAUGAUAAGAAUGCGAGCAAAACUGUAGAUACUCCUAUGAACGUCGACAGCGAUUAA